AUGUUGCCUCGGCGCCUGGACUGUUUCCUUGACUGGUUGCCCGCGUCUGCCGCCUGUCACAGCCUGUCAAUGUGUGUCCCUGCUGUGCCCACCAUCACGCUUGCUCCCGGGGCUGCCUCCGGCCAAGCCACGCUGUGCUCUUCUCAAUCAGUGGAUCACAACCCGGUUACUGGCCGGCCUGCACCCCGGAGCAGCCAGUCAGCUAUGCGGCUACUGUUCGUGGCUUUCCUGCUGGCCUCUCUGCGGCUCCUGUCAACACCGGCUCCGUCCAUGACGCUUCGUUACACAGCUCAUCAGACUCAACCACCGCGCACCUCCUUCACUGGACAUCACCUCAACUCUGCAACAACACUGUCUUGUCCGCCGUCGCCCCUACAUCCACCGAGGGUCCCGUCGCAAUCUUGUCUUCAAUUUCACAGGCAAAAGCAAUAUUCCCUCUGUCUGGUCCGCCUGCAGAUCCAUGCGCAGCUCACACCGGCUUGGUUCCAACAACAUCCGCAUACGUCAUCCGAGCACUCAUCACGUGACUACAUCAAACCUCCUGUCUGUCCCAAUUUCUGCCACACAAACUUCACAACAAAAGCCUCUAAAAACAGCACUAUUCAAUACACGGUCACUCAGCAAUAA